CACAGCCUCGUCCGUCUCAUCAGCAAGUCGCGCGUCGGUCAAAUCAGUGGCGAGUGUCUCCCGCGCCUCGGUCCAACACAAGUCCUACCUCGCAUCAAAGUCGAGCGCCUCUGCCUCCAAGUCGAGCGCUUCGGUCGCAUCCGUCUCUCGUUCCAAGGUGAGCGUCGCAGCGUAGCAGCAGCGCGCGUCGGGCUGCUGGGCUGCGAUGAAGCAAGGGAACGGGGGGCAUGCGGACCGAAGUUAGCAGCUUCGAUUUGGAGGCGGGGGCGUGACACACGCGCGCGCGCAUAGAUAUCACAGAUGCCUCCCCUCCCCUCCCCUACCCUUCAGCAGAAGCAGCACUGCGCUCCCCCCGUCCCUUCUCGCACAACCACACCUGUCCUCACGAGCAGCAUGCUAACCCUCCCUCCACUCCGCCCGCCCACAGGCCGCCGUCGCAUCCGCCUCCUCCUCGUCAGCAGCAGCCGCAGCAUCAGCAGAGGCUGCCCGCCCAAAGAACCUCGAGAACUUCGACCAGGUCCUCUCCGGCCUCCAGGCCAUGGCCAUGGCUGCGCAGAACUAAGCGUUGCGCUUUUUCUUCGUGCCUCCUGCUUUCUUCUUUGGUCCGGACGUCAUUGCUACUACCCCACACACUCCUCCCGAGCACACACCUCUUCUCCUCUUCCCUCGGCGCAAAAAACGCACGCCCGCACGCACGCACGCUGCCCGUUUUUCUUUGCCGUUUCAUCGACCAAGCCGUUCGUCAUUGCUUUCGAUUCCACUGCCACUACCAUUACCUUGGACUGGAUUGGUUCGGACCCGUUUCCCCGUUCCCGUCUUCCCUUUGUUCGUAUCGCUGCAUCAUUGCAGCAUACCCUUUCGUGGCCCCGCCCUUUUUCUGCUUCAGAAACUCUGUGCUUCUCUGUCUCUGGUAGACAUGAUGAAUCAUGCAUCUUUUUCAAGUCUACUUCACACGUUGUCCCGCCUGAGAUUGUAGCGUGAACACGCGUCAUGCCACGCCAGACGUGCACCGUGACACUUGGCAUUGAGAUAUUGACAAAAAGGAUGGACCAUGUAAGCGUACGAGAAGCAGCAGCCUCGAGGAUGAAGGGA